UUUAUGUCAAUGUUAUCCUAAUAUCAUGAGAUUGUGUCGGCAUCACACACAACUCACUAGUGUGAGUGUUGUUGACCACUCUAGUCUCCUACUAAAUCUCACUCCAUAGAGUAGCAAAAAUUAGAAGUGGAAAUCUGGGAUUUUACGAAGUGGUACACCAAAAUGUGGGCUCUUCAUAAACACAAAUCUUCACUACUUAAAUUAGGGAUUAUGAUUUUUGCUACAAUUCUUACUCUUCGAGUUUUUCUCUAUAAUUCCACUAGAUUUCCUCCUGAUUCUUCCCUUCUUCGAAAAACUACUUCAAUCCAACCUUCAUCUCCUUUAGUUCUUCAACCAUUUGCUUCUUCUACUGCUAAUUUUCCAGCACCUGUAAUUGAUGAUGAAGCUCGUAAAAAAAGAGAAUAUUGUGAUCUUUUUGCUGGAGAAUGGGUCCCAAAUCCGGCUGGACCUGCAUAUAUCAAUGAAACUUGCCAGUUCAUUGAAGAACAUCAGAACUGCAUGAAGAAUGGGAGACCAGAUUCAGAAUAUCUGUACUGGAGGUGGAGUCCAAAAAAUUGUGAGUUACCUCAAUUUAACGCAAUGAGAUUCCUUGAGAUGAUGGAGAACAAAACAUGGGCAUUUAUUGGUGAUUCUAUCACUCGAAAUCAUGUUCAGUCCUUGGUUUGUAUGCUCUCGAAGGUGGAAGAAGCGGAGCUGUUUUAUCAUGACGAAGGAUACAAGUCUAAAGGAUGGCGCUUCUCGUCUUACAACUUGACCGUAUACGUUAUAUGGUCUCCCUUCCUCACAGAAGCCACUGUUUUUGAAGAUAUCAAUGGUGUCUCAACUCAGGAUAUUGAACUGCACCUUGACAGGCUUGAUAAGAAGUGGGCUGAUGUAUACAAUAACAUGGACUUCAUGAUCUUCUCGUCUGGAAAGUGGUUUGUCAAGAACGCAAUAUAUUAUGAGAACGAAACAAUUUUGGGAUGCCAUCGCUGUCAGAAAAAUCUCACUGACCUCAAUAUAGAGUUUGCGUACCGCAAAACUUUAAAGUUGGUGCUGAACUUUAUUGUUAAUUCCGACCAUAAAGGGUUAAUCUUUUUCAGGACAUCUACCCCGGAUCACUUUGAAUACGGGGAAUGGUCUACUGGAGGGAAGUGCAAUAGAACAAUCCCGUUUAAAGAAGGUGAGAUCGAGGUAAAGUACAUGCAAAAGAUGCUGCGACAAAUUGAGAUUGAGGAAUUCGAGAGUGCAGUAGCAAGUGCAUCCGAAAAUAGUGCGCGCCUGAAACUCCUUGAUUUCACGCAGCUUUCCUUGUUAAGGCCUGAUGGGCACCCUGGUCCAUAUAGACAAUUUUACCCCUUUGCAAACGAUGAAAAUGCUCAAGUCCAGUAUGAUUGUUUGCAUUGGUGCUUGCCUGGGCCAAUAGACGCUUGGAAUGAUGUUAUUAUGGAUUUAAUUGUGAAUGGAUGAUUUUUUCUUGAAGAGAAUGCCAGAAAACAUGGAACAGUGUGAAUACUGGAUGAGCAUCAUUUAGGAGUAAAUAGGGGAAAGUACCCUUUGAUGGGCUACACAAAAGAGGUUUGAAUUCACAAUCUUUUUGGGUUUUCCAAGGUGUUAUUCUUAUUUUUGUGAAUCUUUUGGCUGGUCUGUUGUAUUUAAUUAAAAUGCCAUGGCAUAGUUGGGAACUAUUUGAAAAGCUCAUUGCGGCUGUUAUUGAUAGUGGUGAAUCACAUUUCUAAUUGAAUGGCUUGCGUCAGUGUCAGCUGCUUCACUAAACCCUCUGCAAAUUGCGAUCCGAAAAUGAUUAAUUUGUACAUGGAAUACUGGUUGCAUUUCCGCACCCAUUCUCAUACUAGGAAUUAGGAAAUACUGGUUUGUUUUGUGUUCCACUAAUAUUUAGUUGCAAUAACGUAGCACUGAAAAGUCCCAUACUUGCUGUAAUUGUUAUAUUUAUACAUGCAAGAGGACAUGCAGGAGUUUGGGGCUUUUUUAGUGAAGCAACUGUGUGUUAGAGAUUUCAGAUCAGGGCGAAUUGCGUUAUUUUAUGUGUGUGAAUGUGUGUACUCCUGUAAGAGUCUGUAGAUGAUACUUAGAGACGAUGAAGAUUGUCUUUUUAGUGCCUGUGAUAUGCUUGUAGUCUCUGCAGGAUUACAGAACUUGACACACCAUAUUUCUUCUGCUGUAGUGUCUGUUUCUUUUGGUGCAGUGCUGUAGUGUCUGUUUUAAUUGUGUGUAAUCUUUUUUCUUAAUUUUGACAAGGUACUACUUUUCUUCUUGUUGUA